AUGAUCGCUCUUUCUCCCAACAAAAGCGACUCAGAGUCGCUCUCGGACUAUGCUCUUGAGAAGGCUUGCAAUACGCCACGAGUUGAGCUGUUACAACCUGAGCAUCUUGAUAAGCUUUUCGAGUCUCUUGAAGCUGCAUUCAAAGAGGAUCCAGUUGCACUGUACAUCAAGGCUGGGAAGGAGCGUACACCAAACGAAGAGGCCUUUUAUAAAAAAGUUUGGAAAUUCCUGCAUCGCCGCGCCAUCAAGCGCAAAAUGGCAUAUACUAUAAAUGCUGGCGACGCGGCUGUCAUUGCGACACCUCCCGAGGGCGAUGUGUCGAAGCCAUCGCCUAUUGAGCACACGAUUGACUUUAUAAUUGGUGGCAUCGUGAAACUGUUCCUAUGGGCGAACAGCCAUCAGGAGCAAGUUAAGAGAGUGAUCGAGCUGCAAACCAAAAUGAAGAAACUCGUAGAGGAAAAACUAGGAGACAAGACGAAAUCAAUGUAUUAUGUUGACUUACUUGCGACGAGGCCUGAACUACAAGGUCAUGGCUACGGAACAGCCCUUCUAACCGCAGUCCUUUUUGCAGCUGACUUGCGUGGUCGAUCGGUUUAUUUAUUGGCAAGCAAUACUACUAACGUCCCGUUCUACGAGUCCUUCGGAUUCGCCACGAUUGGCGAAGUUACACUGGGUGAGAGCAAUCCCAAGUGGGACAAGCCACCUGUCAUUGCUCCAUUGAUGGUUCGCAAGGAAAGGGGGAAGAAUUGA